UUUCUCUGCGCUGGAGCGGCAGUGUGUCCGCGGACGUGCGUGCGUCGGUGUUAAAAAGCUCACAGUGUGUUGGAGAGCGCAUCAGUCACUCAGCCCGGUGUAGGUGGACGACAGCGAACGGAUGAAAAAAAACAAAUCUAUAUCGGGAGAAGGCCAGCUGUCAGCGGCAGAAACGUGAACAGGUGGCUCCUCCGGUGUCUUAGCGGGACGUGUCGAGGCGCAGAGACCCUCAACAGCUUGUCUCCUUCGCUAAUCUCCUCUCUGACGACAGCGCAUUUACCCGCCGUGCGUAAAACCGGGAGUACCGGCAGGUUUGGGCUGUGUGGGGGGAUCAGUCCGGUCAGUCAUCGGGAUUUUACUCAUCGGUGUUGAUUCAGAGCUCAGCACGAAGUUGGGACUCGCACAAAGUGUGUUUUAAUUGUUUUAAGGCUGGAUUUGCAGAGUUGGAUAUCAUGACUCUUUCUUGGAUUUUAUAAAUUCUCUCCUGUGUUUGGAUUGUCAAGACGAGACUCUGAAAGCUGCACAGCAUGUUGCCAGAAAUAAAUAACAAGACAUCACGACCGGAGGCCUUCCCUCACCCUCACAGACUCCCAGCAGAAGGCACCCGGAUCGGAACAAACCGACCCUGUUCACAGAAGUUCAGCUCUGGUGUGGGAACUCUGCCUCAGCUGGAGCCACCGGUGGUCCAGGUGGUGGUCAGCAAUGCCAAAAACCAGCACCAGCAGUCGGACAACAUCCUGCCCCAAAUCGCCAACAAAGGGGGUCAGAACAACUACCAGACGGACGAGAGGCCGAAGCCCACUCAGCAGUUUGCCAUGCGCUUCGGUGCAGCGAUGGACAAAGUGUCCGUCUCACGCAACAGCAAGAUUUUCAGCAACAAGCUGGAGAAAGAGAGAGCAUACGAGGGCCAGAGGUUACCCAUGUCGCCCAUAGAGGCGCUGAAGAACUUCCAGGACCGGCUGACGGAGUUUGAGCAGGAGGAGAUCAUGGACUAUGCAGAGAUCUGGUUCCUGGGUCUGGGCUCCCAGAAGAUCGAGGGUUCCCAGGGAGCGCCGCAGAACUCUGGAUACGACGACGAGCACGGGAGCUACAUCAGGGUGCUGCACGACCACAUCGCCUACAGGUUUGAAGUCCUCGAGGUGAUCGGAAAAGGCUCCUUUGGUCAGGUCCUGAAAUGUCUGGACCACAAGAACAAUGAACUCGUAGCAAUUAAGAUGAUUCGCAAUAAGAAAAGGUUUCAUCACCAGGCUCUGGUGGAGCUGAAGAUCCUGGACGUCAUAAAGAGGAAAGACAAAGACAACCUCCACAACGUCAUCCACAUGAAGGAGUACUUCUACUUCCGGAAUCACCUCUGCAUCUCCUUUGAGCUCCUGGGAGUGAACUUGUACGAGCUGAUCAAAAAAAACAACUUCCAGGGCUUCAGUCUCGCCCUCAUCCGUCGCUUCGCUCACGCUCUUCUCAGGUGCCUCCAGAUGCUCCACAGAGAGAAGAUCAUCCACUGUGACCUCAAGCCGGAGAACAUCCUGCUGUCUCAGAAAGGACCAGGGAACAUCAAGGUGGUCGACUUUGGAUCCAGCUGCUAUGAACAACAACGAGUUUACACCUACAUCCAGAGUCGCUUCUACCGCUCCCCGGAGGUCAUCCUGGGUCACCCCUACAGCAUGGCCAUCGACAUGUGGAGUCUGGGCUGCAUCCUGGCCGAGCUCUACACCGGCUACCCUCUGUUCCCAGGAGAGAGCGAAGUGGAGCAGAUCGCUUGUAUAAUGGAGGUUCUUGGAAUGCCUCCAAAUGAUUUUGUUCAGUCGGCAUCGAGGAGGAGGUUGUUCUUUGACUCAAAAGGAAACCCGAGGAACAUCACUAACAGCAAGGGAAAGAAGCGCAGACCCAGCUCCAAGGAGCUGUCAGCUGCACUGAAAACCAACGAUGCUCUGUUCCUGGAUUUCAUCAAAUGCUGCCUCACUUGGGAUCCCACUAAGCGUAUGACUCCUGAUGAGGGGCUUCAGCACGAGUGGAUCCUGGAAGGAAACUUCAACAAAGUCAGGCCCAGAACGAAGCCUCCGGUGAAGAAGACCUCUGACAGCUCGACCAACACAGAAAAACAAACUAACAUCAAGUCUGGGGAGAAGGUCGGCUCGGAAAGCAACGACAAGAUGAAGAGGGACAGUUCGGAAGCGGGAACGAAGAUGGCCCCGGCCGAGCGUCUGCGGCCCAUCGGGGCCUCGGCAGAGGAGGAGGUGUGUGAAGGCGAGGGGAAGCAGCAGGAAAUCAAUGGAGAGAGGCCCGUUCACAUCAUCAUCCAGCCCAAGGAGGACGUGGACACGGAAAGGAACGACAGCCAGGAACCGAGCCAGUGUUUGCCUCCGAUCAUGUAACCGAAGAGUUGUGAACUAAAUACUGAUGUAUGGGGAGGCACAAUGAUCAUCAGUGAGGUGGGGCAUAUGUGUUGUUUUAGGUAAACAGUCAUAGCAUUUUAUUUUUGUUCUGUGAAGUUUUUAUGACAGUGAAGUCGAUCAACCAGCUGUAUUUUUUACUGAAGUUAAGAUGCAGUUUUUGGCAGGCAGAGACACCAAACUGUCUGGAUGUUAGCUUCACAGCACAGCGUUCAGUUUCUGCUCUGUAUUACUUACUGGAUCCAAUCUUUGCUGUGCAUUGAAAGUCUCUGAUAAACAAGUUUUACAUCUCACAGUUUCCAUAGUAAACAAAAACAACGUAGCCGGUUUCAAAAACUGCACGGGUAGAAAAAAAAAGAUCAUGUUAGCGCUUUUUAUUCUUUUCUUUUAGACAUUUUAGCCUCAUUUUACUUUGAUAAUGGUGAAAGAUUUGAAGUAUCGUGUGCAAUAAAGGCUGAGCCAAAUGUUGUUUUUUUUAAAAUUACGAUACAGAAAUUAUCUUGUACUUUUUAACUGUAGGAUGAAGUCGAUGACAUGCUGAUUAUUCAUUAUUUCACUUAUUUAUUGUGGGAUAUCCUGUGUUUCAUAUUUAUUUAACAAUUUAACUCAACAACCAAAAAAAAUUAUGUAUUUGUAAUAGAAUUUAUUGUAUAUAUUUCUGCUGUAAUUUCUUAUACAUGUGAACUACAGAACAUAUUUUAAGAAAAAUAUUUCAGAUAUGUGUUGAGGAUUUAGACAAGGUUUUACUUGUUGUGUUGUUACUGUAUGAGAAUAUUUUGUAUGUCUGUGUUAUUCCUAAUAUUUUUUAUAUUAGAAAGACAAUCCUAUUAUUGAUAGUUUGUGCCUUGCAGUAUUAGAAAUAUUGCACUUUAUUAUUGUGUGCGUACGGAUUGGAAAGCGUUACAUCCUCAGCUGACAUGACUUCACACUCCCCCGCCAGGAUCCCUUUUAUUUAACAAAGUCACAUCUCAUCUGAUGUUUGCAGAACGGAAUGAAACACAGAACGCGCUUUUUAUAACAGAUUUGUUUUUUAGUCGCCAACAGAGCUCCGACUUAAAGUGCAGAUAGACCCGUGCCCUCACUAUGUAUUAGAGAAGCAAGCAGAGAUCCCAGAGGGGUGGAAUGUAGCUGAAAUAUGAAGAGUCAAGAAAAGUCCUAUUUAUGUCUUUUAUGAUGAAAUUAAAAGUUGUUUAAAAGAC